AUGACAAGCCCCACACCCGCGCCGCUUACCACCACCUUCUCGCCGCCGGCCGCAUGUACCACCGACACUUGGUACAUUGAGUACCUGUCUGGCACUAAUUACUACGACACCGCAAUUGAUGCCAGCGACUCUGGUUGGUGGUUAAGUCAGGGGCCCACAGACUGGAGCAGCUGCUUUCCCUCGGGAUAUGCGACCAACACCAACUCUUACUUCUCGCCGGGCGUGUGUCCAUCAGGCUAUUGGAUAGCCAGCCAAUCGGUUGAUUCUAUCAACGGCAAUGUCGAGACUCGGGCAACCUGCUGUCCAAAAGGCUAUAGCGCCCAAACCGAAAAUGGCAUAGUUUGGUACUCAGCGAACCGGUGCACCUCCUAUAAUAGCGACUCUAGCCACCUAUGGACAUUCACAAAAGCCGGUACAACAUCUAGCAUGAGGACCGCUGACGGCAUUAAUGCUAAGGCCAUCUUCAUUCGCUGGCAACCAUCCGAUCUUGCGACGCAAACCACCACCACCAGCACAGGAGUCAGCUCGACGGUAUCGCCCACGGCCACAUCUCAGGGUAACACACCGACAGAUGGACAAUCUUCGAAGGCAUGGAUUGCUGGUCCUGUCAUUGGAGCCGUGAUUGCGGUUACCUUGAUUGCGCUCGCCGCGAUCUGGUACAAUCGACGACGCAAGUAUCAACCGGGAAAUUAUGGACAAGGCUCUCAGCCUGGAAUUUGGCAUGAUAAGCCAGAACUACCGACCGACGGUGCCCAAGUGUUCGAGGCCCCUUCCGAUACUGUCCACUCUUCCAAAAAGCCUGUGGGGGAGCUUUCUGCGACAAAUACUGUCUCUGAAUUGCCAUAA